UUAUUUAUGCCGAAAACAGGAAUGUAUGAAUGGCGGUCGCCUACUGGCUGUUGGCGGGGGUUGUCAUAUAUUUGUAAAUGUUAGAGGAUGUAUCUUUCUUGAAAGAAUUUUAAAGCACGUAAAAAGUGGGCUUAUUGAAAGGAAUUAAUACUUGACAGCGCCCAAGGUCUUUCAUGCUGAGGGCGGGUAUAUCUGCUGUCGGGUGUUGGUAGACGCCUCCAGGAGUUAAAGUAAGUCAGUGUUUGACAGAAGAGGAUGGAUUUCUACAACGUUCCCGCGGGUUGCUUAUCAGUUCUUGUGUACUGUCUGUGGAUUUCUACUAGCAAAGGGGUCCCAGUUCUCACAAGUUUUCCUGACCCUCCCAUAGAUGGGAAGCCGUUCACCUUCACCUGUACAGAGAAUGGAGGGCUGGAUCCAAAUCUGGUGGUUUGGUACAGAAACGGCACAGAUAAGAAUGUCCGUCCCACAUCAAAAACCAUCAUCUUCGGCAACGUCGUAAAAGACCUCAACGUCACCGUCAGCAGCAACCAAUUCAACCUGACCUUCUUUUUCCUAAUAAGUCAGGAGCAGAAUGUUCCAUGGAGGUGCACACAUAACGGCGUAUCAAGCAAUACCGUCACUGUGACGACUGCUACUCAAAAUAUUCCUGUAGCUGCAACGGCAACGGCUGCCGCAACAACUGAUCUGUCACCCAUCUACACCCUCGCCGGCAUCGCAGCAGCAGCCAUCCUCGUCACCAUCUUCAUCAUCAUCAUCGCUGCGUGCAGGGACCGCAGAAAGGAUCAGGGACAGCGGAUUAGACGAUCAAGCAUGAAUACCACUUCCAGCGACAGACGAAGCAUAGAAAUGGUCACCCACGAUAUGUACAGGCCCUACCUCGGCCACAGAGUGACACCGUCAACACGAGGAUGGCACAAUAAUUUUGUCGACAUGGUCGACAACGAUAUGUACAGGUCCUACCUCGGCCACAGAGCGACACCGACAACACGAGUAUGGCAAGAUAAUUUUGUCGAUGUAUACAGCCAGGUGAUCAAGCCGAGGUACAACGACCGCCAGUACAGCUUGGGAAGAAUGGGGCGAUUCUAAAGAAAAGCAUUCGUUCCUUCCUACUAACGAAUGCUCGGAUCGCUAACAUAAUGUCAUUGGAUACUCUAAACAUGUUUUGUUUGAUACACGAUAGCAGAAGGUUUCAUUCCCUCACUCAUGUGACAAGUAAUCCCAGUGCAAUAGGACCAUUCAAUGAUACCGACGCCGUGGUGACAUGGUGAUCUUCCCACAGUGAGAUCACGUUUAUCGGCUAGAGAGGAAACAGAUGUGUUGCUGUGUUUGUUGGUGGUGUUUGUGUUCUCCUCUUGACGCUCGACCUGUCUGUAGCUCUGUGUUCCCUGUUUAACUUGAACACUAAACUUAUAUCUACGUAUCUAUUUGUACAUGUGUGUACGUGUUAAUGUUAACGUGCCCAUGACUACCACCACCACCGCCAUCAUCAUCAUCAUCAUCGUCAUCAUCAUCAUCAUCA